AUGUGGUUAGUUAGUCAGCCGAAUUCUGUGAUCCUGGAAGUCAAAGUGGAGCCUAAUGCUAUUGGACAGGACCUAUUGGAAAAAGUAUGCGAGAAGCUGGAGAUCGGCGCUGAGGCGGACUACUUCGGGCUGCGGGUGUGGCACGGCUCUGGGCCGGGGCGGUGGCUCAAUCUGCGGAACCCGCUGGACCCCCACCGCACCGCCGGCGGCAGGCUCGAGCUGCGCGUCAAGUUCUGGGUGCCGCCGCACCUGCUCAUCAACGAGCCCACGCGCCACCAGCAUUACCUGCACGCGAAACUCGACCUUAUCGAGGGCAGACUGGUCGUGGCCGAGCAAGAAGUCGCGCGGCGCAUCGUCGCGUACAUCGCGCAGGCCGAGAGCGGCGACUGCGACCCCGAAAUGCCCCCCACCCACAUAUACGAGGAGUGCAACAGGAUCGGGCCGCAGGGCGCGAAACCAGAGGACCACGUGGAGAAGAUAAUCGAGUACCACUGCGAGAUCGCCGGCAUGCGGCCCUCGCAGGCUGAGUACAGGCUGCUGAAGGAGAUCUCCAAGUUGGAGUCCUUCGGCGAGGAGCUGUUCUUCUGCAAGCCGGUGACGCAGAGCAACAACGCGCACAACCUGUACAGCCACUUGUUGUACCACCGGCAACAGGCGGAGGAGCCCAGGGCGCGGGACGAGCAGGAGAUAGACGGGGGGGCGACGGUCGGCUGCCUCACUUCAGGGCAGAGCGUGGGCGGCUGCGGCUGCCGGCUCAGCACCUGCGUGGGCGUGGGGCCCCAUGGCAUCGUCGUGUACAGGCCAGCCUGCAACGGCGACCAGGACAUUGGUGUCGAAAAACAAAGCAUCCCGUACACGGCGAUCCACCGCGCCCAGCCGCAGCGGCGCCUUUUCCAGCUGGCGUACGUGAGCAGCGAGGGCCACGAGGCCACGCUGCACGUGAAGAUGGCCACCUCCGGCCAGGCGGCCGCCCUCUACCGCGCCGUCACCGAGAAGCACGCCUUCUACUGCUGCGAGACGGUCCGCAGCGACGUCACCGAGCAGUUCAUCAGGGACCUCAAGGGCACGAUAGCGUCGAUCUUCAACGACUCCUCGACCCUCGGCCGCCGCUACGUGUUCGACAUCAGGCGCACCUGCCGCGAGGUGCACGACCGCGCGCGCCGCGCCGCCCACGCCCACGCCGCGUCCCACGCCCACGCCCACGCCAACUCCCACGCCCACGAGCCGCGCACCCGCCGCCGCUCCGCCACGCAGCACGAGGGCGCGCGGCCCCGCUCCCGCAGCGGCGGUGAGGCGCUGGCCUGCAGAGUGUGCAUGGACGCCGCCAUCGACAUGCUGCUGCUGCCCUGCCGCCACGUGGUCUGCUGCAGGCUCUGCGCGCCCAGAUGCAACCGAUGCCCCUUGUGCCGCCGCGAAAUCGAGAAGCUAAUGCACAUAUUCCUGCCCGUGGAGUACCAGAAGAGUCCUGGGGUCAUCAUAAAA